AUGAAGGUCCCUGUAGCCACCCUGGCUGCUCUGUUCCUCUUGGCCAUCUGCACCUCAGCUGAGGCCCAGUUUGAUGACUCUGACAACAUCCCCACCAAGUGCUGCUUCAGCUACAUGCGCCACCCCAUCCCGCGCAGCCUCAUCACCUCUGCCUACACCACCAGCAGCCUCUGCAGCCAGCCAGCGGUGAUCCUGGUCACCAGGAAAGGGCGGCAGCUGUGUGUGGAGCCCCAGGCACCCUGGGUGCAGGAGUAUCUGAAACACUUCCAGAUGCUGAAGAACUGA